AUGCACCGCGGCCACGAAUCUAUGCACACUACGAUGGUGAUGAUCCUCGUGGUGACGCUGAUUGUCGCUCAGGUCAUCGUGGUAGAAUGGAAGAAGCGCCACUACAGGUCUUACGCGUUCUUCACGAUGGUGGCGAUGUGGUCGAUACCCGUGGUCUUGAGCGUCAAGAACGGCUGGUACAGGUUCAUCACCGUAUGGAGCAUAUUCACGCUGCUGACAGCAAUAGUCAUACGGAAGUCCACCACCAAGCCAAUGUCGGUGACGACUCCUCGGUUGGUGUACAAGUGGUUCUACCUGAUAUACAAGGUGAGCUGCUGGCUCGGCGUGGUCGGUUACGUGGCGAUGAUGCUUACCCUCCUCGGCGUGAACACCCUGUUCGGGGAGAAGCCCCAGCGCUGGAUGGACUUCGCGCUGAUGCUGCUCUUCUACGGGCUCUACUUUGGCGUGCUAGGGCGCGACGUGGCAGAGUACUGCACGGACAAGAUGGCCGCCACCAUCGGGUAUUACACAAAGGAGGGGAUUCCCACGCGUCAGCUCGAGAAGAACGUGUGCGCGGUGUGCGGUAAUCAAUUGCUGGUUGACGUUAAUGAGGAGGGCGUCAUAGAGAACACAUACCAGAUUGCCUGCGGCCACGUGUUCCACGAGUUCUGCAUCCGUGGCUGGUGCAUCGUCGGCAAGAAGCAGACCUGCCCCUACUGCCGGGAGAAGGUGGACCUGGCGCGGGUCUUCACCAACCCAUGGGACCGCCCCCACAUCCUGUACGGGCAACUCCUCGACUGGAUCAGGUGGCUGGUGGCCUGGCAGCCGCUGAUCCUGUUCCUGGCGCAGGGCAUCAACUGGCUGUUCGGGCUGGAG